UUUUUUUAAAACAUGUCGCGAUCUCUACUCAUUCUGUAUGGAUCAGAAACAGGUUGUGCUCAAGAUGUAGCCGAGAACUUGGCUAGACAAGCAAGACGUAGACACUUUAGAACACGAUCUAUGGCUAUGGAUGACUAUGACAGGAGUCAAUUGAUUGAAGAGAAGCUAGUUAUUUUUGUUUGCUCUACUACAGGACAAGGUGCUGAACCUGUUAAUAUGAAGCAAUUUUGGAAGUUUUUACUGCGAAAAAACUUGCCUAAUGAUAUCCUAAGUGAUUUAGACUGUGCAGUGAUUGGUUUAGGCGAUUCGUCUUAUAGAAAAUUCAACUAUCCAUCAAAGAAGCUCUAUAGAAGAUUAACACAACUGGGCGCUAAUAUGUUGAUUGAAAGAGGAGAUUGUGAUGAUCAACAUUAUUUAGGUCUGGAUGGUGCAUUUAUUCCUUGGUCAAAACAACUAUGGGAUAUUGUGUUAGAGAAAUACCCAACAAAACAUCCCAUCAUUUCGGACAAUGUUCUUUUACCACCUAGUUUUAGAAUGGAAUUUGUUGAUCAAGGACAACCUCAGCCACCCAAGACACUCAAAGGUGAAUUUGAUCUAACUGUCAAACAAAACACACGAAUUACAGCCAAAGACCAUUUCCAGGAUGUACGUCAUGUUGAAUUAGAAUGCAAUCAUCCUGAUUUUGAAUAUCAACCUGGCGAUAUUGCUGUCAUUAUGCCACAGAACUUACCCAAAGAAGUAGAUGCGUUUUUGGAACAAAUAGGAUGGUCAGAGCAUGCAGACAAACUGAUCAAAAUCACAGCAAUGCAAGAUCAUAUUGUGCCUGCUCAUUGGCCUGACGUGAUGACAUUCAGGGACUUGUUUGUAUACUAUCUUGAUAUUUUUGGUGUGCCACGAAGGUCCUUUUUUGAAAUGUUGGCUCAUUUUACAGUGGAUGAAAACCAUACAGAACGUCUAAGAGAAUUUGCCUCUCCUGAAGGGCAACAAGACUUGUGGGAUUAUUGUAUGAAGCCUCGUCGUCAUAUUGGUGAAAUCUUGUUUGAUUUUAAGCCAUUUGAUAUUCCUUUUGAUUAUAUGUUGGAUCUGUUUCCUCCUCUUCAGCCUCGUUCGUUUUCUAUUGCUUCUAGUUUAAGUCUACAUCCUCAACGUAUGGAAUUGUGUGUUGCGGUAGUAAAAUACAAAACAAAAUUAAGAAUUAUCCGUCGAGGUGUGUUUACCAAGUGGCUAUCUACAUGGCAACCAGGAGAUAUCAUUUCUCGCGUCCGCAUUACCAAGGGAACCAUGGCACUGCCGCCCACAGAUAUUCCAUUGAUUGCUAUUGGCCCUGGUACAGGUGUUGCCCCUAUGCGGUCAUUUAUAGAACAACGUAUCUUUGAGGGAGCUAAACAAAAUAUGCUUUUGUUUGGUGCUCGUUACCACGAUAAAGAUUUUCACUAUAGAGAACAAUGGCAACAGUAUAUAGACCAAGGACAAUUACAGCUUUUAACUGCAUUUUCUCGAGAUCAAGAAGAGAAAGUGUAUGUUCAAGACCGUAUCAGACAACAUGCAAGUCUUUUUUGGGAUUUGAUUGAACAUCAACAAGCCAAAAUUGUACUUUCAGGUUCAUUAGAUAGAAUGCCUGCCGAUGUAGCCUUUGCAUUGAAGCAAGUGAUCAUGAAAGAAGGCAAACUAAGUGCAGAUGAAGCAGAAGACUAUUUUGCAGACAUGAAUAAGACAGGACAAUAUCAAGAAGAAUGUUGGAACUAGAAAUAUUUUAUUAGAAAGUUAUGAUACUCAAAUGUCUUGCUGUUUUGCUCAAACUGCAAUAAACAGACCAAGAAUCUGUAUGGAUAUAUAUAUAUAUAUAUAUAUAAUAAUAAU